CGCGCAGGUCGCUCGGGGAGCGCGGGUGGCCGGGGCCGGUUUCCCCCAGGAGGGCCCCCCGGGGCGCGGGGGGCGCGGGGGGCGCGGGCAGGGCGCAGCCGCACGCCCGGCUCGGCUUCCAGGCAGGGCCGCCCCCUCCGGCGGAUCUGCGAGACCCUCUCCCGCCCCGAUUCCGCGCCGCGGCCGAGGCAUGGCCGGGGGGGCGCGCAGGGUGGCGGCGCCGGUGCUGGAGACGCCCCCGCAGCACGAGCAGAUCUCUCACACAAAGUUUUCUGCGGCUGAAGAAUGGAACCCGCAGCCCGAGCAGAUGGACACGACACACCGCGGCCACGAGUCCAUGCACGUGGAGAUGAUCCUGAUCUUCCUCUGUGCCCUGGUCCUCGCGCAGGUGGUGCUGGUGCAGUGGCGACAAAGGCACUGCAGGUCCUACAACCUGGUGACGCUGCUGCAGAUGUGGGUUGUGCCUUUGUAUUUCACCAUCAAACUCUACUGGUGGCGGUUUCUGUCUAUGUGGGGAAUGUUCUCGGUUAUCACCAGCUACAUCCUCUUCAGAGCGACACGCAAGCCCCUCUCAGGGAGAACUCCACGCAGAAUCCGGGCUCGAGAUUCCAUGGACUUUGGCAUCGUGUCAUUGUUCUACGGCCUGUACUAUGGCGUCAUGGGGAGAGACUUUGCCGAGAUCUGCUCGGAUUACAUGGCUUCCACCAUAGGGUUCUACAGUGUCAGCGGGAUUCCCACCAGGAGCCUGUCAGAUAAUAUCUGUGCCGUCUGCGGGCAGGAGAUCAUUGUGGAGCUGGAGGAAGAGGGGCUCAUUGAGAACACCUACCAGCUCUCCUGCAACCACGUCUUUCAUGAAUUCUGCAUCCGAGGAUGGUGUAUUGUGGGUAAAAAGCAGACUUGUCCUUACUGCAAAGAGAAGGUUGAUUUGAAGAGGAUGAUCAGUAACCCCUGGGAGCGCACGCAUAUUUUAUAUGGACAAAUCCUGGAUUGGCUUCGUUAUUUGGUGGCCUGGCAACCGGUGGUGAUAGGGGUAGUUCAAGGCAUUAACUAUUCACUGGGGCUGGAAUAGAGCCCCCAGAAGCAAUACGUUGCAUGCUGCAAUUUUUAGAAAAUCCUUGUCCCUGGAUUUAAUAUAGAUGUUCUUUUCAAAAGUUGAGACAUGAUCCCCAAGAGUGUGGAAAGCCAAAUAAAAUUUGGUGUUCCACAGAAGGUAAUUUGUCCAUGUGGAAAGAAUUUAAAGAGUAGCCGAACAAUGGAAUAAACAAUAAAGGAUUCUUGGCAUUCCCCCACCCACACUACAGUCCUUUUCCAGCCCAUGCAUAUGAGACACUUGCUUACACCCCGCGGGGGACGUCCUGCCUCUACUUUGGCUGAUAAUGAUCUAAUCGGUCAAUUGUUUCCUGGAGGCUCCCAGGGAUAGCUCAGUGGUAGAGUGCCAGCCUUGCAAGGCUGAGAGUUGGGUCCACAUGCCAAGUGCAACCCAGGCAGCGUUGCUGGCACUCCCAGCACCACAACCAAGUGUUUUAUCUCCAGCGAACACCUGAGGUAAGUGUAUGAGCACCACAACCGAGAGUGUGGGCAGUUCUGGCCAUCACAGCAACAACAAAGCGAAGAGAAGUACAGGGGAGAGGCUUUGGAAGUCGGCUAAGGACUUCCCGAAUGCAAUCUUCAGCUCUACCAACACCUUCUCGUCCAUUCGGCAUGUUCCAAGCAGCAGCAGGGUGUGAGGUCACGUAUAGUUUCAGGAUAUGGUCUUCCUGCAGUGAAUGCUUGGCACCACGUGCCAGCUGAGGCAUCAGAGAGCUCUUCUGUAUUGAGAGGAUUGUACCGAGACCUCCAGGAUCUAGCCCACCCCAUGGGCUCAACUUACCCUGAGGUUCCUGAGGUUACCCUGCAUUCACCCCUUCCCAUGGCUGCGUUUCAGUGAAGAGAAGACUCACUCUUCUAGACCACUCUGCAAAUACACACAAGCACACACGCGCGCGCG